AUGGAUCUGAUCUCCUCAAUAGCUGCAUGGACUCCCACAACCACGGCAACAUCAACUUCAUUGAAGAGUGUAGCCACAACGGCAGAAUCGGCGCUUGAGCUGAGUUUGUCAAAAGCUCUUCAUUCAUUGACAGGUCAUACUUCUACAAUGAUGAGAAAUGACUAUGUACUGGCUUCGAGAGCAAUUCGGGGCGCACAAGCUUCUUUAUCAAUCAUUUCAGCAGAACAAGUGUUGGCAACGGCAACUGCUGAAAGCGUCAAAGUACAAGCUACGGAAGUCAUGUGGAACCUGACGCAAAACUUGGACGACUUGGCGUGGGAAGAAAAUAUAUACGGUAUACGCCAUUUGACACGUCCAGGGAACAUAUUCUUUUUGGUGGCUUUUUCGAUAACGCUUCUAUGGUACACGUUGAUAUUUAUAAAGUCUCGAUAUUGGUGGUUCAAUAUUGCAUUUUUCUGUGGAGCAGCAUUGGAGUUUUUGGGUUUUCUUGGGCGGGUCCUUUCUUUUAGCGAUAUGACGUCUUUCCUGUACUAUGUGAUGCAAAUGGUGACAUUAACAAUAGCGCCUGCCUUUACCAUGGGUGGUAUCUAUUUCCUUUUGGGCCAGUUGGUGAUUAUUCAUGGUCGGCAGUUUUCGGCUUUGAAACCAUUAUGGUAUGCAUACAUAUUCAUCGCUUGUGACAUUGUUUCUUUGUUUAUCCAAGCGGCUGGAGGAGGGAUUGCUAGUUCAGCUACACUGAGCAAUACUAGUACUGAUGGGGGCACACACACGAUGAUUGCUGGUAUUGUGUUUCAGGCGGUUUCAAUGUCGGUUUACGUCUCGCUUUGGUUUAUAUUCAUUUGGAGAAUUUACUUUCCAAAGACGAGUACAUAUUCCCAGUAUGCCAUGGAUAAAGUUGAUCAGCAUCAAAUGUUGAAACCGGGAUUGAAGAACUUUUUAAAACUAUUCUUCAACACUAAAGCUUCAGCCGAGUACAAAAAGACUGUGUUGGAACCAUAUUACAAUCCAAAAUACAGUGAUAUCAGACAAAGAUCGUUGUACAAUUACUUUCCCUUGGCGGUGACAUGCGCCAUCAUUGCUAUAUUCGUCCGUUGUAUUUAUAGAGUGGUUGAGUUGGCACAAGGUUUCCGAGGAUACUUGAUUACUCACGAGGUUUACAUUAUGUGUUUGGAUGCAGCAAUGUUGGUUAUUGCUUUGUACGUGUUUAUCCCCUUCCAUCCUUAUAUUGUAUUUGGUUCAAGCAAUAUCAUCAGACUUGGUGAUAUUAAGGGCAACGUGGAUGAAAAAGUUGACGCAGAGGAGAUGUAUUUGACGAAUAUUGACGAGAAUACAGUGGAAAGUAUAAGUGUUGACCCAGUUCUGAUUGAGAAUAGAGGAGGUGAAACAGACGGGAAAUGA